UCUACCCAAUAACAUCACAGAAACGCCGUGUCACAUUAAUGGGGGAAGAAGGAAGCGCAUUCAAAGAAAUGUAUUGCUAGCAGGCGUUCGUGCUCGUCCGGCUCUCGAGAUUGCGGUGCGAAUUUGGCUCUUUGGCCGUCGUUUCUCCUUCGUGUGUGUCCGUGACCGCGUAAAUAAGAGCCGUAGAAAAUAGACCAAGGACAGACUGCUUCUUAAGGCUCUUGAACCAAAUAACAUGGAGAAGAUGAGCACCCUGCCGCUCUCUCGCUCUGAGGUGUUCGGAGAGCUGAGGAGAGAGCUGUACGAUGAUGAGGAAUUUCACCAGUCUGAUGUGCACAUCUUCAUCAUUAUGGGUGCCUCGGGAGAUCUGGCAAAAAAGAAGAUUUACCCCACUCUAUGGUGGUUGUUCAGAGAUGGUCUUCUCCCAGAACAAACUUACUUUGUUGGCUUUGCUCGCUCUGACUUGACCGUGGAUGCCCUUCGCACAGCCUGCCUGCCCUACAUGAAGGUGGCGGACACCGAGGCAGACCGUCUGGAGGCCUUCUUCAUCCGUAACUCCUACAUAAGUGGCAAAUAUGGAGACGAGGUUGCGUUCUCCAACCUGCACUCUCACCUGCUCUCCCUGCCCGGUGGAGCUGAGGCAAACCGCCUAUUCUACCUCGCACUGCCGCCCAGCGUCUACCUUGAUGUCACCAAGAACAUCCACCGCCGUUGCAUGAGCACCAAGGGUUGGAACAGGGUGAUUGUGGAGAAGCCAUUUGGGCGUGACCUGCAGAGCUCGGAGGAGCUGUCCAAUCACCUGUCCUCUCUCUUCACCGAGGACCAGAUCUACCGUAUAGAUCAUUACCUUGGCAAAGAGAUGGUGCAGAACCUCAUGGUCCUCAGGUUUGGAAACAGGAUCUUUGGGCCAAUAUGGAACAGGGAUAGUGUGGCCUGUGUAGUUCUGACCUUCAAAGAAUCCUUCGGAACCCAGGGCAGGGGUGGAUACUUUGAUGACUUCGGCAUCAUCCGUGAUGUCAUGCAGAAUCACUUGCUGCAGAUGCUGUGUCUGGUUGCUAUGGAGAAACCCGCCUCCACCAGCUCUGAUGAUGUGAGAGAUGAGAAGGUGAAGGUGCUGAAGUGCAUCACUCCUGUUUCUCUUGCCGACGUGGUUUUGGGCCAGUACGUAGGCGAUCCCAAGGGAGAGGGAGAAGCUAGGCUGGGAUAUUUAGAUGACCCUACUGUCCCGAAAGGCUCCACGCAGGCUACAUUUGCCACAGCGGUUCUCUACGUAAGGAAUGAACGUUGGGACGGUGUCCCCUUCAUCCUGAGGUGUGGGAAGGCGCUGAACGAGCGCAAGGCUGAAGUGCGGCUGCAGUUCAGCGACGUGCCGGGCGACAUCUUCAGCGCGCAGUGCCGGCGAAACGAGCUGGUGGUGCGCGUGCAGCCCAACGAGGCCAUCUACGCCAAGAUGAUGAGCAAGAAGCCCGGCGUGUACUUCAGUCCCGAGGAGACGGAGCUUGACCUGACCUACCGCAGCAGAUACAGGGACGUGAAGCUUCCCGACGCGUAUGAGCGCCUCAUUCUGGACGUGUUCUGUGGCAGUCAGAUGCACUUCGUGCGAAGUGAUGAAUUGAGGGAAGCUUGGAGGAUCUUCACACCACUCCUCCAUCAGAUAGAGAAGGAAAAAACACCUCCCAUUAGCUAUAAAUAUGGAAGCCGAGGACCAGCAGAAGCGGAUGAGCUGGUACAGAGGGUGGGCUUCCGCUACGAGGGCACAUACAAAUGGGUCAACCCCCACAAACUGUGAGAGGAGCGAGGGAACAAAUGGGUCAACCCCCACAAACAGAGGAGCGAGGGAACAGGGCGACAAGGUGGUGGAGGGCAUCGAAACUGUAGGACUAUGACUGAAGUGUGUACACUUGGGUUGGUAUGUUUAGUCUGUUUGGAGUACAUGAGUUUUAAAAAAUUAUUAUUAUUUUUUUUACCACUGACUAAAAGCUGGUGUGGACCGUGACCAUGUAAUGUAAAGUUUACACUUUUAUAUGGGGCUAGCUAAAGAUUAGAAAUAAAAUUGCAAAAUGAACAGCAGCUACUGCUAUCAUAUUGUUUUGCUUUUUUAGUAUUAAAUGCAGUCAAGAAUGCCUGGGUAGUGCUUGAUAAUUUAAAGUCAGUCACAAAGGUCUUAAAUUAUGCGCUUCUCUCUCACCAAAACACUGUUUGGGUGUUUGUUUUUUUUUUUCCACUUAUACAAUCCACAUAUUUGUAUGUAAUAUUCAUGUAAUCCUUCAUGCAAUCACACAAAUGGGUCAUACAAUUGAAGUUCAAACUUACGAGCCAGUUCGAGAAACAGUUUUGCAAGUAACGCUUUGCAGGUGCACUGUUAGAUACUAUAGCUCACUUAUUCAGUGUGUUCGCCGUCCUCACACUUCGUGAGUGAUUAGUCUCUGACCACAGGACUGAUGUUGGCUGGUUAUAAUUGGGUGACAGACCAAUAUAAACCAAACUAACAUUUAUGAAUGAAAACUUCAACAGCACUGCUGUGUCUAUUUGACAUGGUAGUGCCCUCACUGUGUGGAUGGGGUGUUUGCUACCCAAAUAAAUUCCAGUUAGCAGGAAUCAUGUUCAGAAACUGACCAGUGCUAAUGAGGCAGUUGCUGGCAGACAAACUGCAUGGCCAUAGAAGGGUUCAUGUACGUACUUGCACAAUUAAAUGCGUCUAUAACCUCGAUGCACCUAAUAGUAUCCAGUGUGAGUCAAAUGUGUGUUCCUAAUUGGGUAACUGGUGAGUGUGUAGGAUUUUACAUUUACAUUUAUGGAAUUUAGCAGAUGCUCUUAGCACUUUUGUAAGUUUCUCUGGAUGUCAUUUACUCAUAGAAUACAUCUUAGCCAGUACUGUAGGGUAGAGUUCGAGUUACCAGUGAUCUAGAGUACUGUAGAAAUAGAGCAAUGCUGAUGCCUAAAAGUACAAAUUCCAUACGGUCUCUAGGAUGGUCUGAUGAGGCAUACAGAAACAUCAAAUGGUAAAAAUCCAGAUUUCCCCCCCAAUAACGGAGAGAUCAUAUGAGGUUGCUGUAUUUGUAGCGGCUGAUGACAAAGCAAUAUUUUGACUUAAAGCAAUAUGCUGUUAUCUAUUGAAAUUAUUUCAUAAUUGUGGUUGGUCAAGUUUCUAGACUCUAGACUCUUUCUCCUUUCCAUUUUUUUGGGCCUUCAUGCUCAACUCCAUGCCGCCUCCACCGGGUAAAACUAAAUUCCCUGAAUUCGUCAAGCAAGGCGUGGCGUAUAAAGUAAAUCUAUAGCCUAUUCAGCAUUUCGUAGAAGGUCAGAUUGAGGGACUUAAUACAAGUGAAGUGAGUACUUCUGUCAUACCAUAGCUAUAAAACUUUUUUCACCAGUUGGGGUUAACAGUUGGUUUGCUUGUGUUGCUAUUUUUAUUUUUAUUUUUAUUUUUUUUAGCUCUUCCUCCCCAAUUCAGUAGCUCUUAAUAGAUCUCCUAAUGGAUAUUGCUCAAUAAAUGUAUCAAUAAACAAAACUAAGAGGC